GUUAAUUUUUUUGUUUAGAUUGCCUAAUGAGUCGGAAGCGGUAGGAGUGCGAAUUAAACAAAUUUUGUUGUAAUUUGUCUAUAUUUGUUAUAAAUGGUGUGCGGUAUUUUGUGUUCUCAAAGUCUAGUCUUUUAUUUGUUUGUAGUUGCAUUUAAGGCAUUUUAAUCUAGAAAUAUAUAAUAUAUAUAUGUACAUAUAUAUAUGCUAUUUAAGACAUUUCUUGUGUAAUUCCACAUUUUUAGUUACUAAAUAAAUUUUACAAUAAUGCAAAUUUAAAAGCAACAACAACAAUAACCACUUAAGUGUCAAAAAAGUAUAGGCAACAUUUAACAACAACAACAAAAUAAUAGAAAGUUAUAAUCUGUUUAAACGAAAAAAAAAACAAAAAAAUAGCAACGACAGCAACCAAACGUGAUUCCCACUACAUUCUUAAACUGGUCUAUUUUUUAUUGUGUCAGUGAAUAUAUUUUAAGUAAAAAAAAUUUAUUUAAAAAAAUUAUUUAUAAAAAUGUCACAUAAUUAUAAAAUAUUUUGCUGUUGCAUUCUUUUGUCGCCGCUGACCUUUCUUUUUUUUGUUGACAAUGCAAAUGCGGACUUAUCAGCUGCCACAGCAGCACCCAAAGGCAAAUUAGUAUUUGCACAUGUGAUUUAUCGUCAUGGGGAUCGUACACCAAUUGAGCCAUAUCCAACAGAUCCCUGGGGAAAACCUGAAUUCUGGCCCACAGGUUGGGGGCAAUUAACCAAAAUUGGGAUGCAACAACACUAUCAUCUUGGUCAGUGGUUACGAAAACGAUACAACUCUAUACUAAAUAUUACUUAUACCAAAGAUGAAAUUUACAUACGUGCUACUGAUGUAGAUCGCACAAUGAUGAGCGCAUUAUCAAAUUUAGCUGGUUUAUACCCACCAACCGAUAGUCAAAUCUGGAAUAAGGACAUAUCAUGGCAACCAAUACCUGUGCACACAACACCGGAACAAUUUGAUGAAGUUUUGGCUGGAAAAGCAUCUUGUCCAGCAUAUGACUAUGCAUUAUCGGCGUUACUUAAUUCACCAAAAUUUCAAGAAUUAAAUGAUCGUUACGGAUAUCUUUUUAAUUAUCUUACUAAAUAUACAGGACGUAUUAUAGAUUCAUUAGAGGGCGUACAACGUAUUAAUAAUACACUUUAUAUUGAAAGUCUCUAUAAUCGUACGUUACCGGAAUGGACCAAAGAAGUAUUUCCCGGUAAAGAAAUGAUGUAUAUAUCUGAUCUUACUUUUGCUAUUGGCACCUACACAAGACAAAUGGCUCGUUUAAAAACUGGACCACUUAUUAAAGAAAUACUCUUGCGUUUCUUGGAUAAAUUACGUGGUAAACUUGAUCCGGAUCGUUCAGUUUGGAUAUAUAGUGCUCAUGAUACGACUGUGGCUAAUGUUUUGAAUACUCUAAAGGUGUAUGAUAUGCACAGUCCAACAUAUACUGCUUGUGUUUUAAUAGAACUACGCGUUGAUGAUCAACGGAAACCUUUUGUGUCAGUUUUAUAUAAAAACUCGACAACUGAUAUGGAACCAUAUUUGUUGAAUUUACCAGGCUGUGGUACUGAAUGUCCAUUAGAGAAGAUGUUUUCAUUAUACAAAGAUAUAAUACCAGAUAAUUGGAAAGAAGAAUGCAAAUUAUCUGCAUUGCUAUUGGAUUAUGAGGAGGCUAAUGUUGGUGUUGCUAUGGGUAUACUAGUGGCUAUUAUAACGUUGACAUUAUUUCUCUCUUAUUUUGUUAUGCUAUAUUCGCGACGCCGAAGUUUUGGAAAUUAUUCAUACUCGCAGGUUGCCUAGAAUGAGGAUGAUCUUUAAUUCAAGGUGUAUCUAAGGAGUUGUUAAUUUUGAAGGCAUCUCAAUUUGCAUAGCUCUCAUUUAAUUAUAUUUUAAUAAGCACUUUUUUUAAUUCACUUUAA